UUUAUAACAGCGUUCUUGAGUUUGGCAGGGAACAUGUUCAAGUUUUCAAGAAAGAUGUACCUGAAUCUUCACAUCAUGAAUACUCAACAGGUAUGGCCUCUCCAGGCCCUGACCAAGAGACAUACUUCACAGGGAGCGAUGAAACAAAAAUUGAGGCAUCUGUGACUAACAUAGAAUCUGAAGUUUUGUUCGGUUUCAGAGGUGUUCAAAGCAUAUUGAAAAAUGUUGCCUCAACAUUUAAGCAAAAUGACCAGUCUCUGAAGACUACUGGACCAAAUGUGGAAAGCACAGAUGAGGCAAUUUUAACAAACAGUGUAAGAAAUUUGCUUAUUUCAAAUUCUGCAAGAGAAACGAUUUUGAUGGAAAGUCAAGACGUGUCAAGUGCAGAUAGUACAAAUGAGUUAAAUCAAAAUCGCAUUGAGGCUAUUAACACAGAUGAUUUUCAAAAUGAAGGUUCACUCUCUGAAAGAGCCUUAGAUCAACAGAUAGACAGUGAUGAGAUUGUGAAGUUUAAAGGGCAUGACCUACAUCUAGAGGAGCGUGACCCCUUUAACAAAGAAAUAAGCAAAUACAAUGACUGUUUAGAAGAUACAAGUGCAACCACAGAAGAACAGUUAAAUGUUGAGGUAAGUGAUGAAAUUCUAAGUGAGACAUAUGAGGGGCAAAAGGACCUUAAUAGGUAUCAUCAAGCUGAACGAUUUGAUCACCAAAAUGUAGACAACACCAAUAUUAUUACAUCUGGAAGUUCAGGAAAACCUCUGAUGGAAGAAAAAAGUAAGGAAUCACAAAAUAGUCACAUAUAUUUUUAUGAAAAUGACAAGAAUGGACUAACCUUAGCUAAGGAUAAGCCAUCAGAUGCUACAAUGGUUAUCUCAGACCUCGAUGAAAUGGUUUGUAAACAACAUGAAGUAACCUCCGACAUAUAUAACAUGAAUGAAUCUAGCCAAGACACUUCUCUUCACACAGGAAUAAUGAGUAAAAUAAAAGAACAGCCUACUUUUGCCAAGCAUUUGAGUCCAAAAUUUGACUUCUAUUCUUUGAUUGUCCCAAAGUGGAAAAAAUGUUUUCCUCAGGAUUUGGAAGAAAAUGGAUAUAUAUCAAAAGUGUCAUGCAAAGCAUUCAUUUAUAGAGAUGCAAGUCAAAUAUCACAAUCGGAGCAAAUAAAAACAAGAGUAAAGGAAGAUCAAAGCCAAGACCUUCAGUUGCCUGCAGUCAAGGACUGGGUAAGCAAAAAUGAUUUCACUGAUACCACGGACAAUCAUGAUGUCAGUGUGGAUAAAAAAGAGCCAGAAUAUUUCAAGAAGGAGGAACAAUCUGUAAGUGAAAUGGAGGAUUCACUAGAAAGCAUAGCCGUAUCAAUUCAGGGGCAAGAUCAACAUUUGGAAUUUCAUUCUAGUGAAGUUUCCAUAAUAAAUAAAGGCAAAGACCAAGACGUUAAUGAAAUGGAACUCCAACAAGGCUAUUUGAUCCAUUAUAAAGAAAGACUAAGUAUAGUCACUGAUAAACCCAAGACCCAUAUACGGUCAAAAUUACAACAAGAGGAAUGGGAACAUUCUUGUAAGAACUUAAUUUAUACAUAUGACAGAAAUAAUUUGGACCAUGUUACAGAGCUUUCAUGGCCUUUUGAAGAAAACAAGGAAAUUAUGCAGAAAAAGACUGAAGACGAUAGCUCCAAAAUACAGACUGCAGUUCAUAAUGAGGCAAAACUGGAUAUUAAACUGAAAGAACGCAAUAAUGAAUGUGUGACCACAGCAUCUGACAAUACUUGUUUACCUCAGCAAAAACUCUUUGAAAAGAUAGAAGCAUCUACAUCCUGGCCAGGGGACAAGAUAAAAAAUAUAAAACAUGAAAACAUUACUUUAGGGAAUGCACUUAAAAAUCAGGAAAGCGAUGUAUCACAAGAAACUAACGAACGUGAAAGUCAACAACAUAAAUUGCCUAAGCAAGAGUUUACUCAGAUAGAAAAUGAACAACAAGAAAUUGAACAGUUGUCUGUUGUAGAGGAUAAGGGCCAAAAGAUCGCUAAGACUCUUCAUCGAGAUUUCUCUUCAGUUCUUCUCAAUGAUGUCCAUUUCCAGCAAACUAAAGAGGCCCUGACAAAAAAUAAACUUUUUGAAGUGUCUCACAGCAAAGUUCCAGUGGAAACGUAUGAGGAGAAGCACACAAUUGAUAAAAGCAACAAGGGCAUGAUAGUGGAGGAAGGUCAUCUGCCAUUUUCUGCCAUGAAAAAUGGCCUUCCCAACAUCUUUAAACAGCACCUAACAAGAGUACAAGAGAUACACACGUCACCAUAUAAAGCUGUCUUACCUAAUGGUGAUGUAGAAGAUCAAUCUAGAAAUAUACGAAACAAUAAACAAUAUGAUUCAACUAACAUCUUAGAUUAUGAGAAAGACACUUCUUUGGAAGAACAAAAUUGUAAAGGGCAUAUCAAACAUUUCCAUCCAGUAGAAUCUUCAGAAAAUGACAAUAGUAUUGUCCAGUCAGAUGUUAGUAAAGCUAUGGCUAGGACACAAGAGGAAGAUGUUCAAGAAAGAGGUCAUAAAACACAUUUUGGAGUGUCUCCCAAAGAACACCAAGAGACAAGGAAAUCAUCUCCAAUGACUGAUCUGUUUUCUCAAGAAGUCAGACCAAAACUUCUACCUUUCAGUAGUGAACAAGAUUUAGAGUCUACCAAGGAUCUAGAGAGGGUUAAGCAAUUUAUGAGUGAAGAAGACAUUGAUUUUUCAAUAGAGGCUUUUGGACUGUCCAAGCUGCUGUGGAUAAAUAACUAUCUUGAUUUUUCCAAGACUUUGAAUGCGAAACAAAAUGAAAUGGAUGGUCUGAAUAUAAUUUGUGAUUUAGAGCAAAAUCUAAACACAUUCUGGGACAAGAGUGCCCUUGACAUUAAAACUACUGGAGAGAAGCACAUGACGGCUAGUGACAUUCAGUCAAAUAUCAUGACUCUUCAAAAGCUAAAACACAUCCUGUCUACUUUAAAAAGUAAAUAUGCUACACAUGUUUGUAGCAAAGAAAAACAAGAUGAAAACAUCCCAGGCUGCAUCAGGGAAGCUUGCCAGGAGACAAGAAAAGACAUAAAAGCAGAUAAGUAUGAGCAAACCAAAUCAGCGCCAGAAGUGCGGAGCUGGAAAGUGCCCUCCCAGACUAAAAGCACUGUCACUCCCAUCAUGCCACAUAAACGAGACGUGUACACCUCUCUAAACACCAUAAAAGAAGGUGGAAUGGCCAUUCUUAAGUCACUGCAAGCAUCUAGUCUUUAUCAGCCAUUACGAUUAGGUCUUGAAUCAUUUGGAAAGCAGGCUGUAUCGGCUCUUCCUGAGGACAUGAGGCCUGGUCCAGACCUGUAUGGAUUCCCUUGGGAAGCAGUGAUAAUAACAGCAUUUCUUGGAAUAGUAACUGCUCUUCUUUUUCUCUUUAGACUUCGCCAAUCAAUCAAAAGCAGAUUAUAUGCUGGGAGAGAGAAGCAGCUUGGUGCCAAAAUAGCAGAAUUACUUGAAGAAAAAUGUAGCAUCCUUGAAACACUUAGUGAAUGCACACAGCAGCACAAGAAACUUGAAGAUAAAUUGAGCAAUGGUGGCCUUAUAGAUCAAGUAACUGAGAAGGAAAAUAUGCAGGCCAUGUGUGUGAAACUUGAACAGUCAAACACAGAUAUGAAAGAUGAAAUCAAGCGAAUAAAUGUAGAUUUGAAUAUUCAGAAAUCUACAAGGACACAACAGAAUCAGCUGCUGGAAGAAAUGCUUACGUCUUUGAGAAGUUUGGAAAAAGAAACGGAAAGCAUAAAAUCUGAAAUAGAGCAGACACACACUACUUUGAAAGUGUAUGAGAUAAGUAGUGUUAAGCUUCAUACAAAUCUACAAGCAGCAAAAGAAGAGAAUUUGCAUCUUAAAGAGAGUGAAGCACAGCUUUCCCAGGAAGUUGAAGGAUGGGGUGAACGUCUUGGCGAACUGGCCGAGCAAAUUAAAAUAUGUGAGAUGUCACAAAAAGAGAUGCAGGAGGAUUGUUCAAACAAAGAAUGUCAAAUAAAGAGUCUUACGGAUUGCUUACUGAAAAUGAAGGACUGGGAUUCUGAAAUAGAGGAAGAAAUAGAUGGAGACAAGAACACAGAAAUGGAAAACGAAGCAAAUUCAGCAGAUCAUCAAAAACAGAAAAUAGAAAAACUGAUUCAUGCUGCUAAGGUGAAUGCAGCUUUGAAAUCUGUUGAUGAAGACAAAAAUCAAUUGUUGGCCAGGCUUAACGACGAAAUGAAAGCUAAAGAAGAUCUCCAAGAGCGCAUUGAUAAGCUUCAAAACAAUAAAGACUUUCUUCUAGCUAGAAGUUCUGAGUAUACCACAGAAAUAGAAAAACUGCAGCAGAAACUUCAGAUAAUGACAGAGAUGUACCAAGAAAACGAACUAAAACUGCACAGAAAGCUGACUAUUGAGGAAAAAGAGAGGAUGCAAAAAGAAGAGAAGCUAACUAAAGCCGAUGAGAAGAUCAGCCUUGCAGCGGAGGAGCUGAACAGCUAUAGACUGAGAGCAAAAGAGUUGGAUGAAGAACUUGACAGAACUAACCAGUCGUAUAAAAAUCAGAUCGCUUCCCAUGAAAAGAAAGCACAUGAUAAUUGGCUGGCUGCACGAGCAGCUGAAAGAGACCUUACUGAAAUUAAGAGAGAGAAAGCACACUUCAGGCAAAAGCUGACAGACGCUCAGUUUAAAUUGGAAAUGAUACAGAAGGAUCCAUAUGCCUUGGACGUUCCAGGAAUGCAUCCAUUUAGAGGUGAGAGAUCUCCAUUUGGACCUUCACCUCUGGGAAGACCUGCCUCUGAAACGAGAGCUUUUCUGUCCCCUCCAACUCUGGUGGAUGGACCACCAAGAAUUUCUCCCCACUUUCCAGCUGGACCAGGGGGUAGAGCAUCGAGAGAGCCACAAAUUCUUGCAGAUCAUCCCAUGCUUAGUGAAGGCGUGGACCCAAACUCUGAAAGGAUUUUGGAUAACCGCAGUACACAUUCUGACAGUGGAUCAUUAUCUCCUACAUGGGACAGGGAUCGGAGGGUCCAUGUGCCUCCUCCACCAGGGUACCCGUACAUCGAUCCAACGCUCCCUUUCAGAAGACCCCCUUCUGGACGAUUGUCAGGACCUGCUGAAAUCAGAGGCUUAAUUCCACCUUCAGCAGAUAAGACUGAUGCGCCUGAUGUGAACAUUUCAGAAGGCCCGGGGAACAACAUGAAUGAAAUAAAAGAUCCUCCUGCACCCAUCCCUGGGGGACCUUUCCAUCCAGCAGAAGCCGACUUAAGAUUUGGACCUCCUGUAAUAAGACCCCUGCUGGAUCCCAGAGAACAAUUUAUACAUGGUGGCCGAUAUGGGCCUCCAGAGUUUUUACCAGUAAGGGGCCCAGUUCCCCUUCUGCCAAGGGGGCGUCCCCCUCUUCUACCUGGAAUGUUUCCAAGAUUUCCAUUUCUCCCACCUGGCCAUGGAUACCCUCCAUUACGGCCUCCUACAGAUGGUAGCAGCGGACUGCCAUACAGGCCAUCUCCUCCAGGUGAUGAACAGACUGAAAACUAGCUGCUGUAUAGGAAAAACAAAAACGUGAUCGUCUGUGCUUCAUGGAAAACCAUCUGGAAGACCAUUGCAUUUCAAGACGUGGACAUGCAGGCCCAAUGCUGAGGCCAAUACCGCCACGUGUCCGAGCGAUGUGAGCCUGCACUGCUGCGGAGUGUUUCUUGGUAGCAUUUAUUGAGCAUAUCCGUGUGGCAGGAGAAGCAGCUGGCACUUGACUUUGUGUAGUUAUACGGUACAAGAUGGCGUUGCUCACUUUCAAGUUGAAUAAAUGUUAGCUGCAAUUAGAUUUUAA